CAAGUAGACUGAUCAUAAACAGACGCUCUCUGGACUCGCACAUCUCCCAGCAAUACUAGCCGGCCAUGUCGGCACCACACUUCCUCCUGUUGUCGUACCCGGCGCAGGGCCACAUAACACCGGCCCGGCACCUCGCGUUGCGCUUGCUGCGCGCCACGGGGGCCAGUGUCACCGUCUCCACCUCCAUCUCCGCUCACCGCAGGAUGUUCCCAGAGGCGGGCGAGCUGGAGCACGUCGACAGUGCCGGCGUCCGCUACAUGCCCUACUCGGAUGGCUAUGAUGACGGAAGGAAGGCCCUUGAUGACUCCGACUACAUUGCCCAUCUCAAUCUCGUGGGGCCCCGUGCGGUGGCCGCGGUGCUCGCGCGCCUCCGCGACGCCGGACGGCCCGUCACGCGUGUGGUGUACACUAUGCUCCUCUCAUGGGGCGCCGGCGUCGCCCGGGAGCACGGCGUACCAUCUGUGCUGUACUGGAUCCAGUCGGCCACCGUGCUGGCUUGCUACUUCCACGUCCUUGGUGGCACCGCCGGCGCUACGACCGACUUGACGGCGGCUGUCCACGUCCCAGGGCUCCCGGCAACGCUUCUCACGCGCGACCUGCCGUCGUUCCUCCUCACCGGCACGUCUGACGACGACCCGUUCGCCAUGGUGAACACGGCCUUCCGCGAGCUCUUCUUCGGCGACCACAGACCCACCGUGUUGGCCAACACGUUCGACGCCAUGGAGCCAGAGGCCGUGGCGACGCUCCGGCAGCACGGCCUUGACGUCCUCCCCGUCGGCCCCGUGCUCUCGUUCCUUGACGCCGGCCCGGCGGCGACCUCGUUGUCCCAAGGCAACGAUCUAUUCAAGCAGGAUGGCAAGGACUACCUUCAGUGGCUGGACGAGCGGCCGGCUGGGUCGGUGGUGUACAUCUCGUUCGGGAGUACGUCGGUGAUGAGCAAGCGGCAGAUCGCGGAGGUGGAUCGCGGCAUGACAGAAAGCGGCCGCCCGUUCCUGUGGGUGCUGAGGAAGGAUAACCCCCGCGGCGACGAGGAGCACGGCCACGGCGCCGGCGCCGGCAUUGUGGUGGAGUGGUGCGACCAGGGGAAGGUCCUGUCACACCCGGCAGUGGGGUGCUUCGUGACCCACUGCGGUUGGAACUCGACGCUAGAGAGCGUGUCGUGCGGGGUGCCCGUUGUGGGUGUCCCGCAGUGGUCGGACCAGGGCACUAACGCAUGGUUGAUGGAGCAGCUAGGCACCGGGGUCAGGGCCGUCGUGAGUGACAAGGAUGGCAUCCUGGACGCGGGCGAGCUGCAGAGGUGCCUUGGCCUCGCCACGUCCGAGGUGGUGCGCGCCAAGGCCAAGAUGUGGAGGGACAAGGCACGAGAAGCGGUGCUCGAGGGUGGCUCGUCGGACGUGAACCUCAAGGCCGCAUUCGUCGCCCCCUCAAACUAGCCAGCCAGUUUGUCUUUUCUUGUUCAACAACGUCAAUCUUCGUCUCAAUAAACCCUCUGGGGUCCCUUCUCCUCGUCGGCAAUGCCGCCGGUCAGCUCUGCCUCCAAUGGCCUUGGUUUUUUGGAGGUGUUGCGGACCACGGACUCUCGCCAGCGGGAAGUUUUAAUUCUUUAUUUUGGUUGUUUUUGGUGUCUUUGUCGAGAUGGUGAGGCUACGGCUGCAUCCUGAAGUUCGAAUAAGGUUAUCUAUGCCUUAUCCUCAUUCCGGUAGUGCUGGCGAAGGACGCGUGGAAUAGUGUGUCUGUUGGAUCUCCCAGGAUCCGAUCGGUUUUCGUGUUUGUUGGUCUAUUUUCAUGUCAGUCAACUCCGAU